UCUUGGCGCGGCGGAUGAAUCCGGCGCUCGGCCGCCCGCGCCCGCGCCCGGAGCGCGGGGCUCUGACGGGCCGCUCCUCCCCGCUCCGCCCAUGGCCUCCCCGCUGGAGGACCCCGUCCUGAUCCGGUCCUUCCGCGGCCACACGGCGGCGGUGACGGGCGUCGCCUUCAACGCGGACACGGCGGGGCUGGCUACCUGCUCUGUGGAUAGGUUUCUUAUGUUGUGGAAGCUGAAGAAUCAGCGCAGAGCUUACAGAUUUGCGGGCCACGCAGAAGCGGUGACCAGUGUAGAGUUCUCACCCGAUGGGCAGGUGCUGGCUUCAGCUUCUCAAGAUCACACGGUCAGGCUAUGGAUUCCUUGCAUUCACGGAGAAUCAUCAGUACUGAAAGGUCAUACAGCAUCUGUUCGGAGUGUGAGCUUUUCCCAUGAUGGCUACUCUAUAGUUUCAGCAUCCAAUGACAAGUCAAUAAAAAUAUGGAGUGUUUGCUAUCAGCGCCUUUUGUUUACCCUAUUCCAACACACUCGCUGGGUUCGCUGUGCCAAAUUUUCGCCUGAUGGAAGAAUAAUAGUAUCUUGUGGUGAGGACAACUCUGUUAACAUCUGGGAUACAAGAAGUAAAACUUGUGUUAAUAGCUUCUCAGAUUAUGAAGGAUAUGCAAAUUUUGUGGCUUUCAACCCAAGUGGAACAUGUAUAGCUUCUGCUGGUUCCAAUCACACAGUGAAGCUAUGGGAUAUUCGAACGAACAAGCUACUGCAGCAUUUCAGAGUUCACAGAGCAGGGGUUAAUUGUAUAUCAUUCCAUCCUUCUGAUAACUACCUCAUCACUGCUUCUUCUGAUGGUACCCUUAAGAUUCUGGACCUCUUAGGAGAAAGACUUAUUUACACUCUUCAUGGACACCAGGGACCUGUACUUUGUGUGGCUUUUUCAAAAGGUGGUGAAAAAUUUGCUUCAGGUGGAGCAGAUGCUCAGGUAUUACUGUGGAAAACCAACUUUGAUACUUUGGAUUAUAAAGAAGUUCUCAAACACAAUUUUAGAAGAACGCAUAUUGAUGAUCCUCCUCAUCUGCUUGAUAUUUACCCAAGGUCACCUCAUCUCCAUGAUGGAAAACUUGAGUCAGUUGAGGUCAACCCUACCUUUGAUGUGCCUGAUACGCUAACACCUGACCCAAUUAUCAUAGGGAUUAGACCCUCUUCAACUAUCAGUACUCCUGUUAGUAGCAAAAGUGAAGAGCUGCAGAGUCCCUCUGCUUUUCCCUCCGCAAGACGUUCAAAAAGGAAGACAGAGAACGAGAGCGGGUCAGCUGUGCGUAGUGGGGAGAAGCACAGAGACAUUUCCUCCGCCAUGGACAGUGCUUUGGACCACAUUGUGGGGCAGCUGAAUAUGUUAACUCUAACUAUUUCACUCCUAGAACAUCGUCUGACUUGUACUGAAGAUAGAUUGAAAGAAUGCAUAAAAGAGCAGCAAAAAAUGUUACUUAAGGAAAACCAGAACAAAUAAAAUAUGAAAAUGAACUAUGUUGAUGAAUAAGUUUCAUAAAGUCACAAGGAAUGUUUCUCCACUGAAUUUUGAUGUAAGCAGAAGCAUCAAAUCAAAGUAAUAAAACCUGAAGAAAUGAAAAAAAAGUUUCAAACAUUGGUAGCAAGCAGAUAUUCUGUUUAUAUAUUUAAUGAAGUGUAGCCCAAUCAAAACUAGUAUUUUCUAAAUCAUUUCCAUUGAGCAUUCCAGGACUCUUAUUUCAACCUAAGAAGAUCUGUGAAUAUAACUAAGCCACUAACUACGUAUUUUUAGAUGAAUAGCAGUUAUUAUGCAGGUUAUCACUAUGCAGAUUUUUAAACUCGGGCAAGGAUUGUGAAAAUAAUGUUCUUUGUGCUAAGACAAUAUUACUUAAACACCUAAAUUAAAUAAAACAUAAUACCAAAAAUGCCAGAGGUUUUCUUUGUCCCUUACAUAUUCUCAAGUAUUUUACCCAAAAGUAGUGAGUUAUUCUAUAUCUUCUCAUCAUUUUAGUAAUGAUUGCAAGAAGAUGUAGUGUGAAAACUUCUAGUUACAAAUACAAAAAUUAAGUCACUUAAACUUUGAUGCUAUAAUUGCAUCUAUGUGAAUUCGGCUGCAAGACUGAUGCAUUUGAACACUUCUGCUUAUCUCAUCCCCAUCAAAAUUAUUUUUUUAUAUUUAGAAAAAUAAAAAUCAGCUAUAUACUUCUGAGGAAUAUAUUUGAACCAAACACAAAAUGAUGCAAAAUCUAGGUCAUAAAUACAAAAGAUUCUUAUCGUAUGAGAAUGUCCACAUGUGCUGUGUCUUUGCAUGCUAUGAAUGUACCCCAUCAGGUAAUGCAUUGUGAAUGCUGACGUAAGUCAGGAAAGACUUUGCAGUGUAUGAUGAUUCUGAUUUUAUUUUUAAUUCUUAGAGAGAAUGCAAUUCUUAGAGAGAUGAUUUUAGGUCUUGUUCUUUAAUGGAAAAUAUCUAUUUUCUUUAUGUCUAUCUAUUAUUGUUUUAAAUGGCAAUUGCAGAACACGUGUUGUAAAUCCAUAGUCAAAACUAGGUAAUUAUCCAUUUCUGUAACUUUACAUGUAUGUUGAAAAAUAGGACACUUGAAAGGGGGGAGUGUUUUAAUCCAAUUCUGCAACUGACUGUAUAUAGAUAAAGCCCAUUUCCCAGGCUGAACCUCAUUAACAUCAACAGAGUUCAGCUUAAGUACAGAAGCUCACUGUACAGAUACGAUUCCAGUUCAAGCCACAGAAAUGUGCAGUCAAUUUUUCUUGCAUAACUUAUUUUCUCUCUCAGCAACCACCUUCAGAUAGCCAGAAAUCACCUCACUCCCUUGGUUAACUCUGAUUUUUACCAAUAGGUACUCCAUAUUUGCAACUCAAUCUUAAGUACUACUGUUUAUGGCAAAGAAGCAGUCUCUUGUAAAAUUUUUGGAUGCAACUGUUUCUAGGCAGCAUCUUAGCCACAGAUUUUUUGUCAAAGAAUGGUCUUACGUAUUCCAGCCUGACCUUUGAUUAUGCAAUUGUUAAUACUACUAUCUAACACAAAGUUAUGUAAAUGCUCUCUUUUAGAUCAAAUGUACUUCACUUUAUGAAUUUGCAAAUACUCUUGUGGUUUUUGCCUUUUCUUGUCUCCAUUAGAAGACACAAAACCAUGUAGCUAUUAAAAUUUUGGCUUAUUUUUUGUUUUCUCUUAGUGGACUAUAUAUAUAUAUAUGUCUUAAAUCUGCAGAUUUUUCUAAGUUUUUUCAGGAUUAUUGAUCAACAAGAUUUGGAUAUUUCUUUUACUUCCGUAUUUUUAAAUAAAAUCUCUGCUGAAAUUUUCCCUUCUGCCUUAGCUCCUAUCACUAAUCCCUCUUCCUUUUCAGUACCUAUUAUCUGGAGCAUUUACUACUUAAUCCAGUUUAUUCCUCUGCUGUUUGUGAAUCUGGUGAAUCAACAUAACAUUUCCAAAUUAAGACAUGUAAUUGUCAUUUUGUCGGGUGUUCUGUUGAUACUGAAACUCAACAUGAUGACACUUGGGAGGAUGUCUGCUCAAGGUUGGUUGAAAACAGGAUUGAUGCAUUUUCCUCAAGCUGUGAUGGCUCUCCUUAAACACAGCCACAACCAUCUAAUAUGAUGUUUCUUUUAAGAGAGCAUUGAUGUAGGCAAGUUAUCUUAUUCUUGAUCCAUAUAAUUUCUAAUAAAGUUACGGAAUGGAAAAUCUUCCUUUAAAAGAACCUGCCAAGGUUGUUAAACUCUCAGAAGCAUUUGUUUUAGAGUUUGUACGCUGUCAAAUGACUAAUUUGAAUUAUAAAACUAGAGGAAAAUGACUGCUGUUUAGUCUUAGUUGUGCUUUUGCACCAUGUGAAAAAAUAAUUGCAUGGGUCUUUAAAUUAUGAAAAUUAUAUCUGUACUGGAGACUGCAGUGAAGUACUGAGAGCCCAUACUUAUUCUGAACAAGCUGAGCAAUGUACCUGAUGCAGUACAGCUUUCCUCAGGCUAAAUUAUCCCUCUGAUACUAAAUAUAAAUAGGCCACCCUGUUGGAGAACAACUGCUUCCAACAUUCAGGGCAGCUACUGCAAAAAUGGCUCAAUUACUUAUUAAAAAGAAUGACAUGUAGUAGAUCCCCAAGGUUUGUGUGUCGAGAGAGAGAAGGUGGUGGCAGGAAUAGUUGUUGCUGGGAGACUGUCUCUGGAGAAACCCAACUUCAAAUUCCUCAAGUGUCAAAGCGCUGUGCAGUAGCUCAGCAGCUCAUUGCAACAUGCAGACAUUUGAAACCAAAAAUGCUCUUCCAAAUUGAAAGAAAUGCUACUUCAGCAUUUGCUUUUUGCUAUUGUUGACAUAUUUUUUAUAAACUUAGUGUUUUGGAAAACCAAUUCCCAGAGGUGAACAUAUCUGAACAAUUCCCUUGUCUUUGGGGGAUUGUUGUUUCUUGCUUUUACACAUGUAAGAUAAUAAUUAGUUUUUUCUUUGUCAUCAUCAUGGUGAGAAAUCUAAAUUGUAGUUUUAAAUUUUUAUUAUAUAAAUCUUCUAGCUGGAAAAGUGGUGGUAGAAUAGGUUCUCAUUGCCAUUUUAGGAUGUCCUGAACAGAUCCAUAUAGCAUGAGGCAUUUGAAAAAUACAACUUAUCAACUUAUAAUCUUUAUUUAUAUUUAUUUAAGUAAAUAAAUGUGCUGUACUAUUUUUAGGGUAAACAAUAUUCUUUUUUUCUUCCUAGAAGUCUUAUUACAGUGUUGCUGAAUUACUUUCAUUCCAUAUCACAGCAUAAAAUCACUCGAUUUUUUCCACUGAGCGACAGUAGCCAGGAUGUGAUGAUUUCCAGGGAUGUAGCUUUAUGUAACCUGUUUAACUUGUAAGACUUGUAAAAAUCAGAAAUUCUGUACUCAUUGCCCCAAA